CCUGCGGGUGACGGCGUUGCGAUCAGUGUCAGCUAUCUUCUUGUACUUCUAUUUCGCAGCAACGAUACUCUUCGACUGUAGCCAGCAUUUCUCUGUUCCGCGACGCUGCAUCAAUGCUGCGCAGACAAACUCUAGAUUUGUGUGAGAGGUCGCUGACAUCACGUCUGGCAGCUCGAAGGGCUCUCCACGCCUCCUGCACCCGGGGCCAGAGUUCGACUUCCAGCUCUACACCUGGCGAGCACAACCCUUCAUCCUCACUAUCUUCAAACGGAUCGUCAUCUGCUUUCCCAGAUUCUAGGGCUUCUGCUGGCGGGGAAGGAACGACGCAUUUUGGCUACCAGGAUGUGCCAUUGUCUUCCAAAGUGGAUUUGGUCAGGGGGGUCUUUAGCAGCGUAGCAUCUUCUUAUGAUGUCAUGAACGAUGCCAUGUCAGUUGGCGUGCACAGGCUGUGGAAGGAUCAUUUCGUGGCAGAACUGAACCCUCGAGGCGGAAUCAAGUGCCUGGACGUCGCUGGCGGCACGGGAGAUAUCGGGUUGAGGUUAUUGGACCAUGCUAGAGAGAAACACUCGGACAGACAAACACAAGUUACCCUGCUCGACAUCAAUCCCAGCAUGCUCCGAGCAGGGCAAAGGAGGCUAGCGAAGACAAUGUACUGGAACACCGAUCAGCUGCGCUUUGCUCUUGGGAAUGCGGAGGAUCUCCGACUUCACCUCGACAGUCCACCCCCCAAAUCUCCUUUGUCCGCUUUCGCUGCAUCCCCUAAUAAGCCCAAGUUGCCGCCACUGGAGCACCUGGAGAUCGAGGAUGAGAGCGUGGAUCUGUAUACGAUUGCAUUCGGCAUCAGGAAUUGCACGCAUAUCGACAAGGUACUGAAGGAGGCCCACAGGGUCUUGAAGCCCGGAGGCGUUUUCGCCUGCUUGGAGUUCGGAAAGGUUAAUGUGCCAGGUCUAAGCGACCUGUACCGCGCCUACUCUCACGCCGUCUUGCCGUCGCUCGGUGCAGUCUUGGCCUCUGACCGCGCGUCCUACCAGUACUUGGUGGAGUCCAUCGAGCGCUUUCCGACCCAGCCCGAUUUCGCUCGCAUGGUGGCACAAGCAGGCUUCCAUCUUCCUGGAAGCCCUCAAGCGGAAAGGUGGGGUCUGCCUGCUUAUCCCGAGCAGAGGAGCUGGGAUGGAGACGAGAGCGUCAACGGCGCUUGGGAGGACCUCAGCUUUGGUAUUGCUACGAUAUGGAAAGGGAUGAAGCUAUGAUGCCCUGUCACUAUCACACUCUGUACGUGCUAAAAACCAAUGGCUAUUGACUAAUGCGAAUGACAAGGCUGAUCAUAGUCAGAGACACAAUUAAAUCUGCACGAAGUCACCAAUUCGGUCUGACAUUUGGAGAGAUGAGAAGGAGUCACUUUAGUGCUCUAUAAACGCGGGGCACUGUGGGAUCGUCUCCUCACCUCGCACACCCUGCGCAAUGCAUUCCGCAAUCCAAG